CAAAGGAGUAAAGUCCCGCCCAUGGACGCUUGGCUUGAGAUUGUUGUCUCGUCUUUAGUUUGCUUGCCACUGUUUUCUUGUUGAUAACAUCAACCCAUUCCCAUGGCCGACAUACAACGAUAAUACCAGUCUAUCGCUUUCUCUUCCCUUCGGAUCAGGCACUGGCCUGUGGACAUCUCUCGCGCCCCGGAAACCUCCCGGACGACUAGCCCAUCAUGCUUGCCAUUCGCCAAACGUGGGCCCUCUGCGAGAAAACCAUCACCAUCAUAUUUCUCCGCCACUGGCUAGGAACUCUCACUCGCGCAUUCAUCGCUCCGAUCAUUCUGGUGUUCAUCCUGGGCUAUUCGAAAAACUUCUUUGUACCGCCCAGUAAUUUUGGAAUUGGAAACCCGACGCCCGUCCGAUCGUUGAGGGAUGCGGCGUCCGCGUCAGCUGGAGGUCGAGAUACUCUGGCCAUUGUCAACCAAGGACUCACUGGCGGCGAUAUCGAGACCGUUGUCAAUGCGAUUUCGGAACCGUUCACUUCACAGGGCAAGAUUGUUAGAGUCAUCGAAUCGACGGCGAAUUUGCUCGAUGUUUGCCCUAGCUCACUGCGUGGAGUGACGCCUUGCUUUGCUGGUGUUGUCUUCGAGUCAUCGCCCAAUGAAGGUCCAGGUGGGAUAUGGAACUACACGAUCCGUGCGGACGGAAGUUUUGGCACGAACAUCUACGUCGACCGAACGAACAAUGCCGCGGAAAUCUACAUUCUACCCCUGCAGCAUGCCAUCGACAGUGCAAUUGCAACUGUCAGUGGUGACACACUACCGGAUGACGUCCAGGAAUUCCCAUUCACAUCGAGAAACCAGCAGGAACGCGCGGAGAAUAUCACGAGGCUGUACAUGAACACGCUGAUUGACAUUCUCGGUCUGGCGUACUUCAUCGGUAUCGUGGGUAUUUGCUAUCAACUCACUGGACACAUGGCGCAGGAGCGAGAGCUGGGAAUGUCGCAACUGAUCGAAGCCAUGAUGCCGAAUCGACAGCGCUGGGUUCCGCAAGUGGCUCGUCUGGUGUCGUUGCACAUAUCCUUCGACAUCCUUUACUUCCCCUCCUGGGUAAUCAUGGGAGCGAUUGUCGGUCAACUGAAUUAUCCACACUCGAACAUCGGCAUUCCGAUCGGAUUCUUCAUCUUGGCUGGUCUUGCAUUGGCUUCGUGGUCGAUUGCAUUCGCGAGUCUGUUCAGUAAAGCACAGCUUUCGGGUAUCACGGUCACCAUCACAUCUAUUGUAUUGGCGAUCUUGAUCCAGGUGAUCCCGCCUCCCGCUACUGCAGCGACAGUCGUGCUGGCUGUGAUUUUCCCCCCGAUCAAUUUCACCUUGUUCAUUAUCUACAUGGCAUACUGGGAGCGGCUGAGUGAGCCCGCGAUGCUGUCUCAGGGAGCACCGAUUCCGCCACCGUAUACUGGACGAGGGAUGGGACCGCCGUGGCAGUUUCCUGGAUAUGUGUUCUUCAUCAUUUGCAUUAUCCAGCUUUUGGUGUAUCCCGUCAUUGGAGCUUUGAUUGAGCGGGUGCUUUACGGAACGGGCUCGAAGUCAAGGCAAUUACGAUACAAUGGGAAUGAUGCGCCGGAGGCGGUGAAGGUCACUUCGCUGUCGAAGCACUACCCUCCUGGUUGGUUUUCGACACUUUUUGGCAGGGUUUCCAAAAAUCCACCACAAACUGUCCGGGCUGUGAACGAUGUCAGCUUCACGAUCUACAAGGGCCAGAUUGUGGUGCUCCUGGGGGCUAAUGGAAGUGGCAAGUCGACUUCCUUGGACACCCUCGCCGGCCUGCAAAAACCUACCAGCGGUACCAUCGAGAUGGAUGCAACAGGUGGUAUCGGUCUCUGCCCACAAAAGAACGUCCUCUGGAACGAGUUGACAGUCUACGAGCACGUCCGCAUCUUCAACAAGCUCAAGGCAGAGAAGGUCGACUCGAAGGCCGACAUCAAGGCUCUCGUGGCCUCGUGUGAUCUGGACCUCAAAUUGGACGCCCGCUCCUCGACAUUGUCCGGUGGCCAAAAGCGAAAGUGCCAGCUUGCUAUGAUGUUGACAGGAGGAUCCAGUGUCUGCAUGUUGGACGAAGUCAGCUCCGGAUUGGAUCCUCUCAGUCGAAGGAAGAUUUGGGAUAUCAUUUUGGCGGAGCGAGGAAAGCGGUCGAUGUUGCUGACUACCCACUUCCUCGACGAAGCGGACUUGCUCUCCGACGAUAUCACGAUUCUGUCCAAGGGCAACCUUGUCGCCCACGGAUCGUCUGUCGAGCUCAAGCAUCAUCUUGGCGGCGGGUAUCGAGUUCGCAUUUACCACGAGAACAAGAAGGAGCUGCCAGCCGAGCUUGAGGCAACGUCGAAGAAGAUCUACCACGAUCAGACCGUCUACAACCUUGCAGAUUCAGCCUCGGCGGCACGGUUCGUCACAGAGUUGGAGAGGCAUGGUAUCAGCGAUUAUCAGGUCAACGGACCUACCAUCGAAGAUGUGUUCCUCAAGCUGGCGGAAGAAGUCAAAGACGAGCUCGAGAAGGAUGUGGGACCGGGUACAUCGUCCAAACACGACAAGCACGAUGGCUCUGACGGCUCCUCAUCAACUCACGACAAGGGCCUGGAACUGCUACCUGGCAGACCUCUUGGCUUCUUCGGCCAGUCUUGGGUACUCUUCCGCAAGCGAGCGACGAUUCUGCGGCGCAACAAGUGGCCGUACCUGAUCGCUUUGCUACUUCCGAUCAUCGCUGCUGGGCUGGUCACGCUAUUCCUCGGAAGUCUACCUCCGCUCUCUUGCGAUCCGCGAGACCAGGUCACCGUGUCGGACCAAGUCUCGCUCAACAACUACGAACUAGGCAACCGCACCGUUCCAGUCGGCCCCACCACACCCGUACAGUAUCUUACCGAGCAAUUUCCAAACUUUGCGGCGCAGGACGCUUACAUCACGCUCGACUCAUUGCCAGCGUUCUUGAACUACUUCGACGAGAACUACUCGCAAAUUCGACCCGGUGGAGUCUUCAUUGGAGGAGGAUCUCCACCUACCUUUUCCUGGCUCGGCGGCGAGAUCAGAGACGGACUCGAGACCGCAGUGCUGGCCCAAAACCUGCUCGACGUGGGCCUUUUGCAGACUCCCAUCACGGCUUCGUAUCAGAGUUUCGACCAGCCCGGUGCGCCGACUGUGGGAGACACCUUGCAGUUCAUCCUAUACUUUGGACUGGCUAUGGCUGCGUUCCCAGGGUUCUUCGCGCUGUACACGAAUGCUGAACGCCUUCGCAACGUUCGUGCCCUGCACUACAGCAACGGAGUCCGAGCUGGACCAUUGUGGAUCGCCUACACUGCAUUCGACUUCAUCAUCAUUAUUGUGGUCGCUGCUGUGUCUGUGGGCAUCUUCGUGUCCGCAUCCGACAUCUUCUACAAUCCCGGCUAUCUGUUCGUCAUCUUUGCGCUCUAUGGACUUUCGGCGACCCUUUCAGCAUACAUCGUGUCGUUGUUCACGACCAGUCAGCUCGCUACAUUCGCUUUCGCGGCUGGUGGACAGUGUUGUAUGCUGCUGAUCUACUUCCUCGUCUACCUUCUCAUCAUCACCUUCCGCCCCGCAGCAAGCAUCGAUAACGAAGUUGACAUCGCCCACUACACAAUGGCGCUCUUCUUCCCGUCCGGCAAUCUACUCCGAGCAUUACUCCUCUCUCUGAACCAGUUCUCCCUGCUCUGCCACGGAGCGACGACUAUUCCAUCAUAUGCCGGAGACAUCCAAGUCUACGGUGGCGCAAUCCUCUACCUGGUCCUACAGACCAUCAUCCAGUUGAUCGUUCUGAUCUGGUACGACUCGGGCUACAAACCUGCAUUCCUCGCCCGCCGUGGGCACAAGUCUGUCGAUGUGGAAGAGAUUGAUGACUAUGACGACGAGGUUAUCACCGAAGCGAGUCGCGUUGAAGGCUGCAAAGAUGAGCUCCGCGUUACCCAUGCCACGAAAGCUUUCCGAUCUUUCGUGGCUGUUCAAGAUGUGUCUUUCGGUGUGCCUCACGGGCAGACAUUUGCCCUUUUAGGGCCCAACGGAGCCGGCAAAUCAACAACCAUCAACCUCAUCCGCGGAGACAUGCUUCCUUCCGAACCCACCUCCGACAUUCUUAUCGAAGAUGUCUCCAUCAUCGACCGUCGCGCGGCAGCCCGUCAGAACCUGGGAGUCUGUCCGCAGUUUGAUGCCUUGGAUAUAAUGACUGCCAUCGAACAUCUCAGGUUCUACGCCCGUGCCCGCGGCGUCGCAGACGUGGAACACAAUGUCGAAAAGGUCAUCCACGCUGUUGGUCUGGCGCAAUUCAAGACCCGUAUGGCGUCCAAACUCUCCGGAGGCAACAAGCGGAAGCUUUCCCUUGGGAUCGCACUAAUGGGUAAUCCCUCUGUGUUAAUUCUCGACGAACCGUCCUCAGGAAUGGAUGCAGCAUCGAAGCGUGUAAUGUGGCGUACACUCUCCGCUGUAUCCGCCGGCCGUUCUCUCGUCAUAACAACGCAUAGCAUGGAGGAAGCAGAUGCCCUAGCCGACCGAGCAGGUAUUAUGGCCAAACGCAUGCUUGCUCUCGGCACAGCGGACCAAUUGAGGAAGAAACACGGCGAUGCCUAUCACGUCCACGUCGUGCACAAGAACGCACCCUUCAGCAGCGAAGCGGAAAUGAGCGCCAUCAAGAGCUGGGUGCGGUCCGCCUUUCCCAGCGUGGAAAUGGAAGACCGGGUUUUCCAUGGACAAUUACGAUUCAGCGUUCCCAAUGACCGAAGUCUGGUACACGACGCAUUCGACAACGGGGGAGAUAAGAGAGUGGCAUCGAGUUCCGGAAUUAGUGCUCUGUUCGCGAAAUUGGAGGCGAGUAAGGAAGAUCUAGGAACGGAGUAUUACUCUGUCAGCCAGGCGACGUUGGAUCAGGUGUUCCUCAACAUUGUGGGAAAGCAUAAUGUCAUGGAAGAAAACUACGCCAAGGCGCAGGGCGAGCAGAAAGUCGGAUUGUUCGGCAAGGUGAAGAAGAGCAUAUCGACAGUCUAUCAUAGCGCUUAG